AAGAAACUUGCAGUUACAGAGCAUUCCACCUCACAAACUUGAGACUCACAGCUUACCAGGUCUGAUGUCCAGUGCUGGAAAUGCAAUAAAUAAGGUUGACCAAGUACUGGAACAAGAUGGUAUCUGUGCUCCAAAAUGUCAAGGCAACAAUGGCCUGGCGGAAACACCAGCUCCUAGCUGACUUUGAUGAGAAUGAGAGCCCCGUACCCAACGAAUUCAAAAGAAGGGCUUCUCUGAGUUCUCUCAGUACCAUCCGCAUGUCUCUAAGGAAGCGAGCGCCAUUAAAGCAAGUAGAGUUGAAUUUUCAUAAGACCCCAACGUGGGAAAGUCUGGAAGCAAGACAGAAGUGCCAAACUCUUCAGAGUAUUAAAAGAACAGCAAAAAAUGCUUUUGGAACAGUGUCCCAGAAAAUACAGAAGUCUUGCCAAAGCCCAGAAGACCUGAUGGUGACCUUUCCAGCUGAAUCCAUCAGCAGAAGCUGUGCAACCAGUUCUACCAAGAAAACAAGUACUACACCUCGAACUGCUUGCCCUAAGAAGAGCAUUACUCCAGCAGCCAGUUCCAAAAGCACCCCAGGAUCCAGCAAAAGAGCCUUGCUUGGGCCACCAAGGGUGUCAGAACACAGAAAAUGGAGGGGUUUCUCAUCCUGGCUUGGUAAAGAUGCUGUCUCUCUCCGGAGAUCAAGAAGAGCAGCAGCACUGAAGAGCCCUUAUUCAUCACCUGUUCCUGCCAGCAGAAAGAUAGAGCUUGACUGUGAGUUGGAGCUGGUCUCAUCAGGAAUUUGUCAAUUGAAGCGUAUCUCCCAGGCAUUUGAUGAUGCCAUUGUGCAAGAGGAAAGGCAACAUGCAAUAUCAAACUACUACUAUCUAAUGGCACAAAACUUACAGUCUGCGCGUCGAUCUCAGAAACUUUUUCAAGCUAUCCGAAGGCGAACAAAGAAACUCCAUCAAGCACUUGGUACCUAGACAGAGAUGGCUGUAACUGUUGUUAGUUUAUGAGCAUAGAUAAAGGAGAGCUCUGUGUAGCACGUGAAAGGGUGCACUCUAUACAUUGAACAAGCCAUUCCAUUUUAUAAUCUUUCUUGACAAAGCAGCUCAGGACUUCCCUUCCCUUGCUUUCUCUUUGUAAGUGAACAGGAGAAUCAAAAUUAUACCACAGUGUAUUAUCUCCUGCUGAGACAAGGGACCAUCUUGAAUGUGACUUUUAUAAGGCAGUAAGUACUUUGAAACUUAUGUUGAACUGACCAAUAGGAAUGGCCAGAGCAAGGGCCACAGACUUAUGAAGGGUGAUCAUAGGUAAUAGUAGUAUUUAGAGUGGUAUCCAAUUGCCACGGGUUUUAGUACAAGUACUUUGCAUACGAAAACUACUGGUCCAUUAUUCUGAAAGCCUAACUAUUUUUUUUCUAUAUACAAACAAACCAAAAGUUAAGCAUCAUGUUUAACUGGAAGUUAAUGAAACAGUAGUGGCUUGUUUGAGUUCUGACCACAACUGCCAUUCCAAGGCAACAGGUUUCUGUGGAGUCACUCACACCACAAC